UAUUUGUAGUUGGCCUUAGAAACCAAGUUAAUUGUCUCAGUGAUGUCGGCGCAAGCUGCCAAAAUGUGCAACAGAAGUUCAGUUUUUGUGGAAGUCGCGAACUGUUUGAUGCUAGUUGGACUCCUCUUGUCUGAAUAUUUCACAGCCCAAAGUGCAGAUCUGUUGCCAGUGUACAAAAGAGGAUUUUUCUGUGAUGAUACUAGCAUACAGUAUCCUUAUAAGGAGUCGACGGUGCCCUACUGGACAAUAGGAAUGCUCUAUCCUGCCCUAUUUGUUGUGUGUAUGCUGCCUCUUGUGGUCAUUCAGAUACGCACACAGAUGCCUCGUGAUGUGUCCACUAGGAACGGCUGCAAACCGAUUUGUCGCAACAAGGAAACAGACCCCGAUGUGCAGAGGAUCGAAGUGGGCAAAUUUCUUCUGGUCUAUUACUACAGUGUGACUAACUUUAUGUUGGGCUUCUACGUAAAUGGUGUGGCCACUAAUAUAGUUAAACAUGCGGCAGGCAGACUCAGACCCAAUUUCAUUUCAGUAUGUAGACCACGUGCAUGUUCCAAUUCGCUUGACACAGUAGAGGGUAGGGGCAGCAGUUACACUAAUGGCAGCAGCAGCAAUACCUACACAUGGCAGUCGCAUUUCAUCACAGAUCCUCUUUGCGAGGAGGAAGAUGCAUCUUUCGUGGCUGACUCCAGGCGUUCUUUUCCCUCUGGCCACUCCAGCUGUGCUUUCUACGUGUUUGUCUACACUGCUAUCUUCAUCCAGCAGACUCUGUCCCACUCGUGGCUGGCCAGGUGUUUCCUUCUACCUCUGGCUCAGACGUCCUCUCUCCUGUUUGCCCUGUUAGUAGCUGUGUCCAGAGUCUGUGACCAUAAACACCAUCCAACAGAUGUCAUAACAGGUGCAGUUCUUGGAACAGCCUUUGCCUUCUAUUGCACGCUGGUGUUACCCAGACUCAGAUUAAACAGACUGACAGGCAUUCAGCAAAGUGAGAUGAAUGGCAAGUUGUUCCUCAGAGCAAGCGACUCCAACAAUGGAAUCCAUACUGCAGACAAAGUCUCCUUACACACAAUCGCCGAAGAUGAGCUCUCAUGACCCCUGCUCUCGUCAUGACGUUGAAAAUUGCUAAAAUUUACUCAACGCCUUGUUUGUUUUUCAUCCAAGAAAUUAGGAAAUGUUGCAGAUUCUCAUCAUUUUUUGCAACGAGAACUCGUUUUGUUGCCAACCCGUGUGGAAAAAAUUACUACAAAUAUAACAAAAAUUAGCUUUUAUAAGAGGUCUGAAAAAAAUUGAUGAAAAUGGUGUUUUCUCUCAUAAUAAUGAUUGAUAUUUUCUCUAUUGACGGAGUAUCGUAUUUGAUUGACAAAAUUUCAUCGAAAAUAGUGCUUAUGGAAAUUUUUGGCGUUUUGUCGUUUGACAAUAGUCAAACUCAAAGGCUGUUUGAUGAAACAAUGCAGCGUAAAAACUUGAGCAAAGUGGAAAACUAGAUUCUGCCAUGGAAUGUCUCGAAAUAAUUCACCGUUGUAAAGAAUUAACUUAUAAAAGUGUAUUUGUAGUGCAAAUCUGUUGUAGUGUUGUUUUAUGAUGUAUAUUUUGUUGAACUAAACAUGCUGGAGGUAGUUCCAGCUAAUAUGAUGCUAUUUGCUGUAAAAAAAGGGUUAAUUUCAAAACGCCACUAUAGUUAGAGUCCCGGAAAGUUUCGGCGUCGUUGGAUCCCUUGGAUUAUGACGAAAGUAAGCAACUUUUUAUGCGAAAAUUUCGGUCAUUCAGAAUUUUGAGCGAUAUUCAAAAUCUAAUGAGUUGAUGGUAAACAAGUUUGGCAAAUUUUUUUGAAGAAAAACGAAUUAGUGAAAGUUAACUAAGAAUUCGUCAAGUAAACUGUUUCACAUCUUGGUUGAAUUGCAUCAUAAUGCUUGCUGUUUUGAUAAUUUCAACUUCUUGGUACCCAUUGUAUGCUUUAGUUAAUUGGCCAGUUAGAUUUCAUCACUCCAUUGUGCAGUGUGCUCGUAUCAGUUUUAAAGUCUCCUAGUAUUUAGGAAAAUUGCUAUAAAUUUGAAUGCUGAAUUGAAUUCGUAUUUGUGAA